AUGGGGGCGUGUCUGUGUAUGUCAACGGCAAGCCGAUUUCAAAGCGCUACUCCCGACAUGAUUCUAAAUCCAUUUCCGGCUUUUCGAACCGGCAACCAAGAAGCUCCAAUAAGAGGAUAUGCCGGGGCUGCGGGAAUUCAUUUGGUAUUGCCUUUGGGAUUCUCGGCACAUGGCUUGUUUUGCAAUCCUGGCGCUGGGUUGGAAAUAUGUGGUGAUAUAAAUUCCCGAGAUGUCUGCUUCGUUGAGUCUAGUCCCUUCAUCAUUGAGGCUGACCCUCGAUAUCUCGGGAUCUCCCCAAUCGUGAAUGGUCAUGUGUUCCGGACGAUUUAG